UACAUCUUUAUGAGUAACAAGGGCAUCGACUGAAAAAGAUGAAAUCAGUCGUGGAUGGUCCUAUGGAAUUUCUGCCGAUUUUCAGGGGAAUGAAUUGGUUGAGGAGAACGUUGCUAUAAUAACCAUGGCGUCUUCAAAAGAGUCGACUGUUGUAAGUGGCCAACAGGAGGAGAAAGAGCAGGGGGUUAUUGAUGUCGUGUUUCUUUGUGACGAGUGGAAAUCCUCGAAGGGUGGAUUAUCGACUUUCAAUCGAGAGUUUGCUAUUAAUUUGGCACAAGCGACGGUAGGUAGCAUGAAAAUCCACUGCUACGUCACGAAAAGCGACGAUCAGGACAGAGAAGAUGCUAGACAACACGGUUUAAAUUUAAUCACUGCUAAAAAUAUUCCUGGUUCAACUGACUCGUUUGAAUGCUUGAAAAUUCCUCCCUCAGAGCUCCGAAGUCCGCAUCUGGUGAUAGGCCAUGGAAGAAAGUUCGGUCUCUGUGCGUAUUUCUUAGUUAAGGCCACAAUGUGUCAAUGGAUACAAUUUGUCCACGUUUAUUGUGAGGACCUCGGGAAAUACAAGAAGACAGCUAUGGCUGCCACAGAUACAAUCGAAGAAAAUGAGAAGAAGCACAAGAAGGAAAUUGAUUUGUGUAAAGCAGCGGACGCAGUCGUCGCAGUUGGCUCACGUCUACAAAAGAAAUACAGCAGAAGUCUGCCAAAUGUCAAAGUGGAGAUUAUUACCCCUGGAAUCUUUGAAAAGUUUUCCUGUGAAUCACAGUUCGCUAAACACAGAUCAGUUGUAAAGAACUUUAACGUGUUUUUGUUUGGCCGAGCUACCUUUGAGGAUCUCUCCCUUAAGGGAUACGAUAUUGUUGCAAAUGCCAUAGGUUCUCUCAGUAAGAACUUUGAGCUGACAUUUGUUGGCUCAUCUCCUGGUGAACAUCAAAAGGUUGAGGAGUGGUUUCUUGAAAACACUGACAUUACCCGCAACCAACUAACUAUCCGUGGUUAUUGCAGUGAUCCAGAGGAUCUCAAGGUAAUGUUCCAUCAGUCAGACUUGGUCGCUCUACCUUCCCGUACCGAAGGCUUCGGGCUUGUCGCCCUCGAAGCCAUUUCUGCUGGUGUUCCUAUCCUUGUUUCUAGCGAAUCUGGAGUAGCUGAGACUUUCAAACAAGUAGAAGGAGGAAACACUGUUAUUGUCGAAUCAGAUGAAGAUGCAGAUGGAUGGGCACGAAGGAUUAGAGAGACGUCUGAAAAAAGUGCAGAUGAGAGAGAAGCCAAUGCCAUGAAGCUGCGAGAGAAUUACCGGAAGGUUUACUCUUGGGAAACAGAAUGUGCGAGAUUCAGAGAAAUAAUUGAAAAUGUUAUGAAAACUGCAAAUGCAGAUGGUAAAUUGGACAUGAUGGUUGAGGCUGAAGAGUUGAAAACAAAAGAACCCAAUAUGCAGACUAUAACCUUUGCAACAUGGUCUGGAGGAUGCCAAGAGGGUCAAUAUCAGAGUGCGUCUGACACAUUGCCUAAAGAAGGAAAUGUGUCUCAUUCAGGAACAGAAGAUCCUCAAGCAUUCAAAGACAGAGUCCUGUGCUCAAUUGCUAUGAAUUACCUCCAGACUACACCACCACAGAGCAGAGAGGACCGCAAGGAGUUUCAGGAAUACUUAAGAGAAAUGAGGGUCAUCCUUACUAGUGUCUCUGUAGGAAGUUUGGUGAUAACAGUGAGGUGUGAUUCUCUCCAAAUCUUGGAAGAAUUGUGGAAAGAUUAUAUAUCUGGUCAUCUUGGUGAAAUGGUUCAAAAUUGCUUUGUGACAGAAAAGAUCCUGAAGGAACUGAACCUGGCUGAGCUAAAACUGAAAACAUCAAUGGACAUAGAAGAGUACAAAGCAAGAAAAUAUUACUUUGAGAGAGUACAACUCAGAGAUGUUUUGGGCUCUCAGUCAUACUUCGUAAGUUUUGAAGAUGAAGCACAUUUGGAAAAAAGGACACAGAAGAUAGAGGUUGAGGAGCCAGAGAAAAUGAAAGAAACCCUACCCACACAAGAUGAAGCACGUUUGGAAAAGAUUAAACGGAGAAUAAAGGCUGGGGGGUCAGAGAGAGUAAAAGCGUCUUUCUUUAGUCUUUGGGACCACUAUCGUUGCAUGGUGUCAGGAGUGGAAUCGACAACAGUGUUUUAAGCAAGACCUUCACCAAUUUUUUUCUUUUUCGUCGGCGCUUUGGACACCUUUGAGAAGACUUUGGAUCGUGAUGCGGCGACAGGACUCGAACAGAUGGCAACUCCAGGAGCCGAGAGCAGCAGCACUGCAACGGCUCCGAGCCCUGCAACACCGCAGCAAAUCUUUACCUCUAACGUCCCAAUACCUCCUAGGCUAGACCUUCGUGGUGACUUGGCAAGAAAUUGGAAAAACUGGCUGCAAACAAGGAAAGCAUACGAAACAAUCACAGGUUUGCAAUCAAAACUAAACGACUACCGCGUAGCAACUUUCGUUGCAUGUAUCGGACCAGAAGCUCUUGAGAUCCACUCUGGUUUACCCUUCGCUACUGAGGAAGAUAAAGGUAGGAUCGAUAAAGUCCUGGAGUUGUGGAGUAAUUACUGCGUGGGCAACACUAAUACGAUUUAUGAACGCUACACAUGAAUUCCAUAUCAGAGCACAAGAAUUCGCAGAAACAAUUGACGCCUAUGCAUCUGCACUUCGCACACUGGCAGAUACAUGUUCGUUUGGAUCCCUAAAGGAAGAAAUGAUUCGAGGCAGACUCGUGUGUGGUAUUUCAGACAAUGCGCUCCGCAAGAAACUGUUGCACGAAUCAGGGCUGACACGUACUAGAGAAAUGUAUGAAUUAUUGCAGAGCGGCUGAGGCAGCUAACAGCCAGCUGAAAGAGAUAGCCAACCAUGGUACAGAAGCAGUUCAUCAACUGAACGCCUACAAAAGGGGAGCAACCGGGGAGAGAGUUUCGACCUUGCAAAUAUUGUGGCAGAAAACAUGAGCGAGGAAUAGAGAAAUGCCCUUCAUAUGGCAAGAUCUGUACAAAGGGAUCCUCCACUGUUUUCGAAAAUUUCGCUUAAAAUGCUCUUUAAGUGUCCAAAAGUAGGUUUUUGGGACAGAAAAAUGUUCUCUCUCCUUAGAUUUUUUGUUUUGGCCUCUCAAAAGAGGCCUUCAUGACCAGUUCGAACAUCCCGCGAUCGCCAUUUUGAUCGGCGGGUAAGGCUCUCUGGGGUGAUGACGUAAAAUGGUUGCUCGAUCCCCUUGGCCUCGGUAAAAUUGGUAGCAAAAUGCCGCAUUGCGUUGCUUUUGAGUGUAGUAUUCAAGCUAAUAACAGGAGAAACGAUCCCAAAAUUCGUUUCCACAAUUUUCCGAAUGAUGCAGCGAUUCGACGAGCUUGGAUUCAUGCUGUUGGAAGGACAUCCUUGCCCA